CCGUCUGCCUGCCUGCCUGUCUGUCUGACCAUGCACCUGGAGCUCGAGGCCCGGCCCGCAGCACAGUCGCGUUCUGCUCACAGGCUAGUACCGGAGGUUGCUGGUCAAACCCAGCCGGAGUCUCGCUAGGCUAGUUGAUGGGAGAGGAGAGAAGGAAAAAACGUACACGACGCAGCGGGCGGACAACCAUUGCUUCUUGCUCCUAAUAAACCAUAAACUGCGCCUCGGCUGUAUCACUGAAACAACAGACUGCCUCGCGGAGGGAGCGCCGCACCGGGACCCACCUGCACCUGCUUUAUUGUCUGUUUGACUCUGCGGAUAUUUUUGUUAACAUGUUUUAUCAGACCGCUUUGUUGUUGCCAGUCUUGUGUAGCAUCAUCAGCACCUCCAGCACUGCAUCCUUAGUGUCCCGGAAGUGUGAAGACAGCUUGGCCACUCCUCUCCCAUAUAGCUCCUUCACCAGUUCGUCACUAUUCAGCCAAGGAUAUGGAGCUGGUUACGCCAGACUCAACCGGAAACAAGGUUCUGGAGGUUGGUCGCCAUUGGAUACAGACCAUUACCCGUGGCUACAAGUAGACCUUGGUUCUAGAAAGCAGGUGGUUGCCAUAGCAACACAAGGUCGCUAUAGUAGCUCUGAUUGGAUCAGCAAGUAUCGGCUACUAUACAGUGACACACAGAAAAACUGGAGGCCUUAUGUGCAGGAUGGAAACAUUUUGACAUUUGAAGGUAAUGUAAACAGCGAUGGUGUGGUUCGCCAUGAGCUGCAGUAUGCCAUCCUGGCUCGCUACAUCCGCUUCAUCCCACUGGACUGGAGCAGGGAAGGACGCAUUGGGGUACGCCUGGAGCUCUACGGCUGCUCAUACUGGGCUGAUGUGAUCAGUUUUGAUGGCCAUGGUGUCAUCUCCUACCGCUUCAGGAGUAAGAAGUUAAAAAUUGUGAAGGAUGUCAUCUCUCUGAAGUUUCGAACCACAGUAGGAAAUGGGGUGCUGCUUCAUGGAGAGGGACAGCAGGGAGACUAUAUUUCCCUGGAGCUUCUUAGAGCAAGACUGCUGCUUAGCAUCAACUUAGGCAGUAACCAGUAUGGCUCUAUUCAGGGUCACACCACAGUGACCAGUGGGAGCUUGCUGGAUGAUGAUCACUGGCACUCAGUUGUCAUAGAGCGUUAUCGUAGGAAUGUCAACUUCACUCUAGACCACCACACACAGCAGUUCAGGACCAAUGGAGAAUUUGAUCACCUGGACCUGGACUAUGAGAUCAGCUUUGGUGGACUUCCUGUAUCUGCAAAGCCAACAUCAGGAGGCAAAGAGAACUUUGUAGGCUGCAUGGAGGGAAUUACCUACAAUGGGGAAAACAUCACUAGUCUGGUGCGCAGGAAGAAGGUGGACACCACCAGCUUUCGUAACCUGACGUUCUCCUGCACCGAAUCCAACUCCUUCCCAGUCUUCUUCAACUCAACAUCCUUCCUGCGGCUGCCCGGUCAGACUGACAGCGACACUCUGUCCGUCAGUCUGUCUUUCAGGACGUGGAAUCUCAAUGGGCUUCUGAUGUUCACUGCAUUGACGAAUGGCUGGGUGGAGCUGAGUCUGACAGAGGGAAAAAUCACUGUCUAUAUGAAUGUGACACAAAAGAAGAACACACGUAUAGACAUUUCAUCAGGUUCAGGUCUGAAUGAUGGCCAGUGGCACAGUGUCCACCUGAAUGCACUGGAAAACUAUGCGAUGCUUACAGUUGAUGGAGAUGAAGCCUCCACGGUCAGGACUGCUAUCCCUAUCCAGAUCCAGACUGGAGGAACUUAUUACUUUGGUGGCUAUUUUCUACAAACUAACACCCAAUCACUUCAGCGCUCCUUCCAGGGGUGCAUGCAGAUGAUCCACAUAGAUGAUCACCUGGUUGACCUCAAGGCAGUGGAGCAGGGGCUCAUUGGAACCUUUGAAAAUGUCAGCCUGGAUAUGUGUGCCAUUAUAGACAGGUGUGUUCCUAACCACUGUGAGCACAGUGGUCACUGUUCUCAGACAUGGGAUACGUUCACCUGCAACUGUAGCGGCACUGGCUACACUGGAGCUACUUGUCAUACUUCACUGUAUCAGCAAUCAUGUGAGGAGUAUAAGCACCAAGGGAAGCGUUCAGGGAACUACUGGAUAGACCCAGAUGGCAGCGGUCCUGUCGCCCCCUUCAGAGUCCACUGUGACAUGACAGAGGAAAUGGUUUGGACCACACUAAGGAACAACCUGUCUCCUCAGACAUCUGUGUCCAGUGCCGACGAUAAGGGGAAAGCAGUGCUGCAGAUUUCUUACAAUGUGACUGAUGAACAGGUGUUGUCAGUAACCAGCAGUGCUGAGUAUUGUGAACAGUAUGUAGCCUACGCCUGUCGAAUGUCCCGUCUGCUCAACAGUCCAGAUGGCACCCCAUUUACUUGGUGGUUAGGAAGAGCCAAUGAAAGGCAUUCGUACUGGGGGGGUUCAGGACCAGGGAUACAGAAGUGUGCCUGUGGAAUUGAACACAACUGUACUGAUCCCAAACACUACUGCAACUGUGAUGCUGACCUACGUACCUGGAGGGAGGACUCAGGCCUGUUGGUCUACAAAGACCAUUUGCCAGUCAGCCAGGUUGUGGUUGGUGAUGCAAGCAGAGCUGGAUCUGAGGCCAAACUAACAAUAGGGCCACUCAAAUGUCAAGGGGACUCAAACUUCUGGAAUGCAGCCUCUUUUACCAGCCCAGCCUCCUACCUCCACUUCCCUUCCUUGAGAGGUGAAACCAGCACUGAUAUCUCUUUCUACUUUAAGACAUCAUCCACUCAUGGAAUCUUUCUAGAAAACCUGGGAAACACCAACUUUCUUCACAUCGAACUCAGAGGAGGCUCAGUGGUGCUGUUCUCUUUUGACGUGGGCACUGAGCAGAUUGAACUCAGUGUCCGCUCACCGGUGCCUUUAAAUGAUGACCAAUGGCAUCAUGUGGAGGCUGAAAAAAACAUCAAGGAGGCAGUGCUGCAGCUUAAUGGAAAGUACAGAAUGGUCAGGCCCACCCACCUACAGGGAAAUGCAAAACCAGAGCUCUACAGUGACCUUUAUGUUGGUGCUUCAAGCGGUCAAAGAGGUUUUCUGGGCUGCAUGCGGGCUUUGAAGGUAAAUGGUGUGACCUUUGACCUGGAGGAAAGGGCAGAGGGGACUCCGGGUGUGAAUCCAGGCUGCCAGGGCCACUGCAACAGCUACAGGAUGCACUGCAGAAAUGGAGGAAAGUGUGUGGAGCAGUACAAUGGUUACUCCUGUGACUGCUCCCUUACUGCCUAUGAUGGACCCUUCUGCACUGACGACGUAGGCGGCUACUUUGAGACAGGAACACUGGUGCGUUAUGACUUCCUGCCAGAGGCGGGACCUUUUGCGUUGAGGGACGUGAAGAGCCUAUCAAGUGUUGGUGUUCCAAGUGAGGCCAACCUGACUCAGGAGGAGCUUGUGUUUAGCUUCAGCACCUACAGUUCCCCCAGCAUUCUUGUGUAUAUCAGUUCCAGAACUCGGGACUAUUUGGCCGUGGUGCUCAAACACAAUGGCACUCUCCAGAUCCGCUACAGUCUUGGAGGGCUCACAGAACCUUAUACCAUAGAUGUUGACCAUCGUAACAUGGCCAAUGGUCAACCACAUUCUGUCAACAUAACUAGGACCUUAAGGGCGAUACGACUACAGCUGGACCACUAUCCAGUGUCCACAUAUACCCUGCCUGAGGCCUCUGACACCCAGUUCAAUUUGGUCAAAAGUAUCUUUCUUGGCAAGGUCUUUGAAACAGGACAGAUUGAUGCCAUCCUGAUAGAGCGCUACAACACACCAGGUUUUGUGGGCUGUUUGUCAAGAGUUCAGUUUAACAGCGUGGCACCACUGAAAGCUGCCCUGCGCCCUAGCAUAGCAGCACCUGUCAGCACCCAUGGGAUACUGGUUCCUUCAAACUGUGGAGCCUCACCCCUGACCAUCUCCCCCAUGGCCUCUGCCAGAGACCCCUGGCACAUAGAAGCUGCUGGAGCUGUUUUCACCCUCAAUGACGACAGGUCCAGUGGUGAUGGUGUGGAUCGAAACUCGGCCAUCAUAGGAGGAAUAAUCUCCAUGGUGAUCUUCAGCGUCCUCUGCAUCAUGGUGUUUGUGAUUCGUCAUAUGUUUCGUCAUAAAGGCUCCUACCACACUAAUGAGGCUAAGGGAGCCGAGUCAGCAGACUGUGCUGAUGCAGCAAUCAUCGUCAAUGACCCAGCCUUCACUGAAACCAUUGACGAGAGCAAGAAAGAGUGGUUCAUAUGAACCACUUGGCAACAUGGACAUGUUAGGAUGUAUGUAGUUUUCUAGGCAUAGGGAGUAGUUGGAAGGUGACCACUUGUGGACAUUCAAGGAUGUACUGAGCAGUUUCUUUACAAACUUUAAGGACAGUGAAAAUGGUGGAACUAUAGCUUGGGUAUUAAAGCACGGAGCACAGUAGUGGUUGGCAGAGGCAGUAUAUUGGUUUAUAUGAAUGAAUGAUAGUCUUCAGGGGAUGGUGCCAUAACGUUUCAAAGUUUCAGACCUUGGAUGAGUGUGUGUUCAUUUGCUUUUAUUUUAUAUAUAUAUAUGUGUGUGUGUCUGAUUUUGAUUUCAGUAUGUAAUUUAUUUAUUUAAUUUUUUAAAAGUUUAUAUUAUUUAUUCAUUAUUUGUAGUUAUUUUUAUGUGUUUGUGUUUUACUUCUGGUACUUCAGCUUAGAAAACUAUGGCAUGAAUUAUGAUGUUUAUUGAUUAAUCCCAAUUAGCCUUUGUGCAUAUAGCAAAGCUCAUAAAUUCCACAUUUUGUAUAUUAAAUGUGAUACUUUAUAAUUUGCCUUGUUUUUAUAUAAUUAUUUAAUUUAUACCAUAUAUUGGUAAAGUUUAAUUUUGGUUCUAAGAUUAAAAACGGUGGCGUGCUUUCAUGUGUGUGUAUGUGUGUGUGAGUUGGCUUGUCUGUAAAGGAGAUGUAGCCAAGACUGUUUGCAUUGUUUGGACAAAGAGCUUCUGUUUAUUUCUGCAUCUGUGUCUUAAUGACUCUUUGGAACUCAGAAUUUUGUCUUUUGCUCCCAUAUGAGUUCAGGGGUUUCUUUUGCUUUUAAAAACUGAACUGAGUCCUAAGAGCUCAUCUUAGGUUGCAUUUUGUCCAAUGCCAGACUACAAAAAUACAAAAAAACAUCUUUCUCAAAAUAAUACAUGAGUUAAGUAUUUUAACAUAAUUCCAUCUUAUGAAUUAUCAUUUUUGUGAAAUCUUCUCAUGCACCUUCAGAGCCACCAUCAGGCAUCAUGUUUAUCUUUGUGAGUCCAGUACCAAGACAGGUGGAGGAUGAGUUAAGCACUAGACUGUAUGGACAGAUACUCUACCUUCUUUAAAAGGGAACAGAUAUACCUUCAGCCCCAUAAGCUGUCAGAUGUAUUUACUGUAAGCAUCUGAGAACCACAGCUCCAUAAUCUAGACUGAACUACUGUGACCUCUAACAGCAACUCCAACAUUUAUGCUUUUUCAUAUCUAUACUGAAAGUAAAAACCUGUGACACAGAACUUGGAGUGGAAGGGGGGGCAUAGCAGUCUUCCUACCACUGUAGUACCUUAACAUGUGAGAGCUUUGAACUUUGCAGAAGCCCAGUUCUGUAAUAUGACUUACAGUGAUCCUGCCAAUGACUGCCAGUACAACAGUCAUGCUGCUAGAAAGAAUAUACACUCAAAAAAAUUAAAGCCACACUCUGAAAACACACCAGAUCUCAAUGGGGUUAAAAAAAUAUGGUUAAUAUGGACAGGGUGAUGUGUUAGGAAUGAACGAAUUCCACAUCAUUCGAUGGAAAUGAAAACUCAACCUACAGAGAGCUGAAUUCAAAGACACACCAAAAAUCAAAGUGAAAAAAAUAUUGUGGCAGGCUAGAAAUUUCAUUGCAGUAACUCAGAAUGGUGCCAGAUAGUUUGUAUGGCUCCCACCUCCCCCAUGCAUGGGGGAGGUGGGGGGCUGUCCAUGUGUCACAUGUGCUCAGGGUGAACCUGCUCUCAUCUGUAAAAAAGCACAGGACCACUAGAGGAUGUUUGUCCCGGCAGGUUUUUAAAUGAUCUGUUGUGAUUUCAUGUAUGUUGUCAUGGUAUAACUGUUUUUAUAUUUCUGUAUUACUGGCUGUGGCAAUAAUUGCCCUUAGGGGACAAUAUCUUUGAAUUGGAUUGGGCCCUCAGGCCACCCUCAUGAAGUCUGUUUUGGAUCGUUUGAUUAGAGACAUUCACACCAGUAGCCUGCUGGAGGUCACUGUAUAGGGCUCUGGCAGUGCUCAUCAAAUGCACGUAUUAAUGUGCCAUCCUGAAGGAGUGGGACUCCUGUGUAGGGUCCAGGGAUUGCCAGUAGUGACACUGACCGUAGGCAAGUGCAAUACUAAUAAAAAAAUUUUUAAAAAGCAGAAAAGAUGGAGGGAAAAAUGAGUGUCCUCCACCUGUAAAACCAUUCCUAUCGUGGGGGUGUCUCAUUGUUGCCCCUCUAGUGCUCCUGUUGGUAAUUUCAUUAACACCAAAGCAGCUCAAAGUGAUUAACAACCUCCUCUGAUCUGAUCAAUAUCCCAGUUAAGUUUAAUUGACAUGAUGCUAUACUCUGAUUAAAAAGUGUUCCUUUAAUUUUUUGGGGGGUGGGGGUGGGGUGUUUACAAAGCUAACUGCUUGUGGUUGAGACCACUAACCUGAUGAGAUCAGGUUAAGUCCGAGUACAAAAAUAUCCAUAAAAUCAGGAAUCUGAGUUAACAGCUGAGAGCAGUAGCCCUUGCCGGAAGCUUUAUUUCGUCCCUUGCAAUGAUUGAACUUGGCCACAGUGUUUCAUUCUUUGGGCCAGAUGCCAUGGCUAAACACAUUUUAGUACAUGACUUGAAUAAGAGAUGAAACUGAUAUUGAUUAUCUUCACUGUUUCUGUACAAAAAUGGAAACAAGCAAUUGACAAUAUAUUGGCAGCGCGAGUUUCCCCUACCAUGAGAAAGUCUUAUUUUCAUUUUGCAGCCUUUCAGAGAGAUUCGUAAGUAUUACAGGUAUUAGUUUCUCCUGUUUCCUUGGUUGAAGUUAGAAUAAUGUGGUCAUAAUGUGAAGCUACACUGACUGUCUAGAUUCUUAGUUCAGGUUUCUGCUAAUUUUUUUUAUUUUUAAAAUGAGUUGUCUUUGAUUUUUAUGAACAGGAAUGUUUGUUAGUCAAAUACUAAUGGCUUACAACUUUGACAUUUGAUUGUAUUGCAUUUGUGUUCAUUUGACUUCACUGAGAUGUACUGGCAUGCUGUGUAACACUGAAUGACACUCUUCAGUUUGAUGAACCACUGCAGCAUCACACUGCUUUUUCUUCGAUGUUAUAUGUGUAACCUGCCUAACCUGUUGUUUUAUAGCUGAUUUCUUAUUCUUUGUGCUUGGAAACAUAAAGUCUCUUACAAAGACCUGUAACAUAUAAGAAUGAAUUGUACCCUCACUGAUACUGAAUUUGUUACAAGACACAGUUUGAUCAAGAUGAAGAUGGGGUUUAAAAAGAAAAAGGCACUUAAUACCUAAAAAAACAGUUACAUGGAAAGUUUCAGUAUUUUGGCUACACAGUAAACAACCCAUUAAAAAAACACAGAUGAAAAGAAUGACAUUAAACAAAGAGCACAGGGAGCUGUUGCAUCACCUAAAAUCUAAGAAGCAAAGACACACUGAAGACCACGUGUCUGGGUGUAACCAAACAACAAAUUUAACAAACUCAUUAAAAAGCUUGUUACAUUUUGCUAAAAGUCCCGGGAUGUGGGGAAGUCACGAAAGGUGUCUGGGCUGAAAAAAGAGACACGGAGGCAAAAUUUGAAGUAAAGCUUCUUUUUUUUUUAGCCUUUUGCAGCUUUAUUUGAUAGCUUUGCAGUGGAGCGAGACAAGAAGGCAGGAGGAGAGAUGGGGAAGACACGUAGUGAUUGGUGAAUAGGUCAGGACUCAAGCAUGCGCCAUCUGCACCACCACGCGUUAUAUGGAGUCACCCGCUCAACCGCUGAGCCACCCUGGUACCCAAAGCAAAGGUUUUUAUCAACAAUUAAGCUACAAGAGCCGGACAGGCCACAAUCACCAUCAAAAGAGAACAAAAAUAGGGCCCCCAGGGUGUCUCAAUGGAUGAGCAGGUGACCAUAUGGCUGUGGUGCGGGUGGCAUAGGCUCGUGU